AUGCCAGCACAUUCACUCGUUCUCUUCUGCCUCGUGGCCACGGUGUGUUCAUUUCACCAAACUGUUGGUGGCAAGUCCAUGUGGUAUCGAUGCACGCAACUUGCACGAACUGCUGGUACUCCUCCCUCGGAGGUGGAAGCACCACGUGGGAGCAAAGUCGGUGCUCCUGACUCGGUCGCUCCGCAGUUGGGACCGUUGGUGCGUGUAGCCGUGCUGCACGGGCACGACAUUCGAAAGAAGCGCGGCAACCGCAAGGGAAAGGUUCUGUUUUCAUUCCCACGGCUGGUCAGCCCGAUGCCAGGAAGCGGCACGUGGGGUACGUUGGCCCAGCUCGGCACGGACAAACCAGCGCUGUACAGUGGGUGGCAAAAGUCUUCGUACCCAAGCCACUAA